CCCACUCCCUCUAGUGGACAUAAUUAGGUAUUUCAACGCACAGCUGACUGUCAUGGCGGCGUCCUCUCGUCUCAUAUCCAGGUUGACAUUAGUGACAGGGGGUGGCAGUGGCAUCGGCAGGGCAGUGUGUCAGAGAUUUGCCACUGAAGGGGCAUCUGUAAUAGUGGCUGACCGCAAUGAAGAAUCAGCCAAUCAGACCUUGGAACUCCUGUCACGUGACCACAAAGGUCAGGAUCACAUGGCUCUUGGGGUGGACGUGUCAUCAAAGGACAGUGUGGAGAACCUAGUGACAAGUAUUCAGUGCCGCUACUUCCAGCCGGCCUCUGUGUGUGUGAAUGCAGCCGGGAUCACUCAAGAUGAGUUCCUUCUCAACAUGAAAGAGGAUGACUUUGACAAAGUCAUUGAGGUCAAUCUCAAGGGAACAUUUCUUCUGACUCAGGCUGUCUCAAAGGCUUUAGUUUCUGCUGGGUCUGCGAAGGGCUCCAUCAUCACUGUGGGCAGUAUAGUGGGCAAGGUUGGGAAUGUUGGCCAGGUGAACUACUCCGCUUCUAAAGCUGGAGUUGAGGGACUCACUCGAACCGCAGCCAAAGAGCUCAGCAAAUUUGGUAUUCGCUGCAACUGUGUCCUGCCAGGGUUCAUCACUACACCCAUGACAGAUAAAGUACCAGAGAAAGUCAUCCAUAAAUUCACAUCCAUCAUCCCAAUGGGAAGGAUGGGAGAACCUGCUGAAGUCGCUGACGCUUGUGCCUUUCUGGCUUCUGAUGACAGUCGAUAUAUUACUGGAGUCAGCAUUGAAGUUGCUGGUGGACUCUUCAUUGGCUGAAAACAAUGUUAAAAGUCUCUAAAUUGUUCACCAACACAGUGCCUUUUUCUAUGAGAAACUGUCCUUGUAUAAAUUUAAUGUAAUUGCUGUAAAAAUAUUGUGUAGAAUGCAACAAAUGAAAAUUCUAUAUUUAUACAAUUAAAAUAUAAGUGAGAAAAAUCAAUACUGAACCCAUUUUUAAAAAAUAAUUAAGCUGACACAGGAGGAAAUGUGUUGAUGUGUGGUUUAAUGGGAAUGUUUGGACCAAAACAACAUCAAGUCAAAGGAUUAAAACAGUUAACAGAUUAAAACCCAGACUAAUAGAGCGCAAAACGUUUUUUAUAGGUGUUAAAUAGAGUGGGCAAAUUAAUUAUAGUUUCAACAAGACAUGAGAAGAUUUGGUGAAAAUGGUAGUUUGGCUCAAAAAAAAUGAGGCAGAUCAAAUAUUAGCAAAAGCACCAUGUGAUCAUGACAAAAGGGAAACAAAUGGGGAAAAUAACAACAAAGGAGUCCAACAGCUCUUUAAAUAGAUUAUAUAUUACACAAACAGAUUUUGAAGUACUUACAUAAAACAAGUUUUAGCACCAUAUUUGUUUUAAAGAUGACAAAAUCAAUCCUAGUAUUGUCCUCGUGAGAAAACCACACAAACAACUUUUAAUUCACAAAUCAUUUUUAUAGCUUUUCAUUCCCCUCUCCAUGUUUUAAAAAAGAAACAAAAAAUAUACAUAAAAAAAAAACCACCAUCAGUUUCAUUCCCUCUUCCUGUCCCUUCUCCACUGCUGUCCGAGCCUCGAGACAUUUCCGUCUUUUAUUAUCAUGAUCUGCACUAAGCCUCAUGCAUUGAAACAAUGCAAUAUCAUCACCAAUAACUGAUCACAAGCAAGUAUAUAUCAUACAAAGAAGGCAGAUUUGCUUUCUGGGGUUUAAUUUACAUAUUUAAUAGAUUGUUGAAAAAGAAACUACAGGAAAUAAUUACAGAUGAAUACCACAUUAUUUUUGGACUGCAAGUGUUGGUCAUUUUCUUGUGAGCACCUGUUUGUUUCACAAAAUAAAUACAAUAAAAUAUUUCUGUACAAAUGGUUCUACUAUGGAACACUGUUCACACGAAAGGUCAAAGGUGACAAACGGAUCAAUACUGAAUGCCGUGGGUCAACCAUGUACAGAUGAAAUGCAAAUUUUUAAAGGCCCCUGUAGUAAAAAUACAACCAGCUUAAGUUCUUUCACCAUAAAUACUGGACUGGUAAGUUGGCAGCAUGUCUAUUUAUAAAAAAAAAAAAAAA